AUGGUUCUCAUCGUUAUUCUCCGGUACUUGGUGGUCUUAAGGCAAGUUAUUAUCAGAGCUCAGAAUCUAAAAGUCCGUCCAGAUUUCAUCCCGCAGAAAUCGUUCCGCACUCGGAGUUUCUACUAUAGCAACAAGUUUCCUUUCUUCGCACAUUGUGUAAAAAGGAAGGAAGAAGAACAAGCCGAGUAUAUAGCCUGCAAAAGCGUCAACAAGUCGCGAAAUAGCAAGCUCCUUUACGAGGUGAACUCCAUUGUUUUGAUGGAGUACGUAGGGGAAUUGAGAGAAAUAAUGUGGAGAGAAUUAGCUGAGAAGCUCUUUGACAAUGUGUUGCCUCUUAGCCUACAGAUGUAUGGUUGUCGUGUCAUCCAAAAGGCGAUUGAGGUUGUUGAUCUAGACCAGAAGUUUAAGAUGGUGAAAGAACUUGAUGGGCAUGUGAUGCGAUGCGUACGCGAUCAGAAUGGGAACCAUGUGGUUCAGAAGUGCAUUGAAUGUGUGCCUGAAGAAAACAUUGAAUUCGUUAUUUCGACUUUCUUUGGACAAGUUGUGACCCUCUCCAUGAGGUUUGCAUCAAACGUUGUUGAGAAAUGUUUGACUUUUGGAGGUCCUGAGAAACGGGAGUUGCUUCUGAAUGAGAUGCUGGGCACGACGGAUGAAAACGAGCCUCUUCAGGCUAUGAUGAAGGAUCAGUUUGCAAACUAUGUAGUGCAGAUCUACAGCAACUAA